AUGAAGCUACUUCAAGCACUAUCUCUCGUACUGAUUCUUCGCAGGGUUCACGCAUCUCUACCCUACGGCCUUCCUGAUCUUGACGAAGACCGUUUGGUACCCAGGGAUCUUCAACCAGCUGCUUCCAAUCCUUCCAGCACCGGUAUCGUUCCAUCCGGAGCACCUGCAUCUUCGCUAGGAACCGCCUUUUCGACUAUUCUUGGCACAUCGACGACGUCUUCCACCAGAGUUCACACGUCUUCAGGCACAGCGCCGGUACUUGUGAGCUCUCUCGUCAUCCCAUCGACAGCAACCUCUUCCAACUCUUCGAGCGCUUUUGAUCGCCCUAGCUUGAACGGUUCUAGCGUCGUAUACGCCAGCACGAUCAUCCUGACUGCAACGAGCCAGCUUCCCACUGUUGCACCAACCACAGGUGGGAUAGCUCCCAAUUCCUCCUCUACAACUCUUUCAAUUGGUCCUCAGCCAUCAUCGUUUCCCUCGUCCGCUGCUCGAUCAUCCGCUUCUCAAAGCUCACAAGGUCUCCAAAGCUCGCAAUCCUCGAAUUCGCUCUCCACCUCUUCAACACUAGCGCCAUCACCGUCGAACUUUGCGCUACCUUCGUCACUUACAUCUGCCACGCCCACCCCGAGUCUUGUAACGACCACUAUCACGGCUUCCAACGGUGCACCAAGCACAGUUGUCAUCACUGCCAGUCAGCAACCUCAGACCAGCAACGUUGGGACCAUGUCUUCGAACCAGCCAUCGCAAGCUUCUACUGCCCCUGCAUCUCUUCCAUCUGGUACUACUCUCGAAGCUGUCAUCGGUGGCAUUGGCUACAGUCUUCCCUCCUCGCAUGAAGACUCAAUCGAAGUAAUGCUGCUUGAUGGCUCCGUUGCACAGCUCUUUGCCGGCAAAAUCAUCAUCGGAGAUCAGACUGUGACCUUACCCUCGGACUUGAGCAGCGAGACCACGCUCCCUGGGGGUAUCAGCGCCAAGCCUGCCGAAGCUACAACACCUGACGAGGACGACGAUGACAAUGACGGCGGUGGUGGUGGGGUCGGUGGCCUUUUCGGUGCUCUUGGAGGCAUUGCAAAAGGUGCGACAUCCGCGCUCGGCGGAGCUAUCGGCGGAGUGGAUGCCGUCACAUCAGGUGCCGUGGCAUUUGCUGGAGGGACAGCUGGUGCUAUCUCCGGUCCACUUACAGGAGCCAUUGGUGACACCGGCAAGUUUGUUUCCUCUUUGAACGGUAUUCAGAAGUCGUUCCCCGGAAACGAGCUUACGAAAGGUGCUUUCGACACCUUCACCCGUGCCCAUCAACUCGCUCGUCAGUCUUUGAACUGGAUGAAGUCGACGCAGAACUUAGCUCAGAACUUUGACGACUUAUCAUCCGACGUCCAAUCCAAAGUCAUGUCAGGCGCGAGCGAGUUCGUAAAGGCUGGUGGUACUUUAGCUCAGUGCAAAACUGCCAUGGAGGCCUUCCAGGACUUUCCUUGGGAAGACGCCGAAGUACCGAGUCAGACAGCGCAGCCUAGUGCGACAGACAAGCCUACCGAAACAGCCUCGACGCAGAGUACCAAGGGGACUUCCACCGCGCAGACUACCUCUCUGCAGUCGACUACACACAUGGCCUCCACGACACAGAGCGCGAGCUCUGCUGUUACUUCGAGCCAGACAUCGUCAUCUAGUAGUGAGACGCCGACACCCACAGCCGAUCUCAAACGAGAGUACGUGAUUUCUACCGAAGAUGGCACGCCUUGGACAAGUUUUAAAACCCUCAUUGACACCCUUGACGGAGGUGAGGGAUUCUUGGCCAGAUUCGACAGCAUUGGCAGUUACAUGUACUUCACCAUGCUCAACAGUACGCAAGCUGCAGAGAUAGCCGACUCGCAUGACUGGAUUGAAUGGGUCGGCCUCAACGAGGGCGGAGUGCCGGAAGAAGAGCUAGAGGACUUCGCAGAGGAAAGCCGAGCUUUCAGUGUAGUGCAGACCAAGCCCGUGUUGCUAUCAGAAGCGUCAAAGUCGCUUAACGCUCCGUAUCCGGUGAAUGCCUAUUCUAUGUCUGCACUUGCACAUGCCCCACGAGCCAUGGGCAGUCCGAUAUCCAACGCACCUUGGUGGAAGAAGAUGCUCUCUGCACCCCCUCCUGGUCCCGACGAAGUACCUUUGAGGCCUGAGAACUAUCCUGACUACUUGGCCGACGAUACGGGUGGGGCAGGGACCACUAUAUACGUCCUCGAUGAUGGCUUCGACCUUGCGACGCCCGACCUUCUGCCAAACUCAAGGAAGGUUGACCAUCACAUUCUGCCGAAUACGGCCACUAUCCCACGCGAAAUCAGGGAUAGUGGACGUGGCGUAGAUGAAACAAUUGGGGGCGGCACACACGGAAACAUGUAA